UGGAUCGGCUCUUGAGGUUGCAAAUGUGUAUGGCUCCUUGUAGUCUUUCAACAUCUUCCUUGUAAACAUGCUUUGUAGGUCACUAAUCUGCAAAGGCAAAGUGUAGUAACUACAGAAACAUUGAAACUGAUGAAGGCCUUCAAAGAUUUGGUAUUAGGUUGGAUAUUGUAGUUGCUGCAAAUUAGACAUAGGAAUGUCUCUAAAAACGGACUCAUUUGGGCCAUAAAGUUUUGUCACGAGAUAAAGGAGGUGUUACGAAGACCAUUUUCAGUCUAAACACAAUGUUGUUACUGCACUUUGCCUUUAUAGGGCAGUAUAGUGGGACGUAUAUGAUCCAUGCCUUCCUCUUUUUAGCCUUGUUUUCCUUCAGAAGAGGGUGCUGUGCUCUCUGUUGUUGUCUUUGUAGACUUUAGGCUGAGCUGACUCAUCCAGUGCACUUGACUUCCUGGUGAUGUCACUGGGUCACAUGCUCUGGCCGACAGAUUAGCCAAGGGGGACUUCCUGCUCUGCUCUGCCCUUAGCGACUGUACACAGGAGUUAGGAACUAGCGCACGGAGCCUGGCACAACACAAAACACUGGCAGGCUAGACUAUUCCACUAACAAACGGGCAGUGUGUUUCUGUAGUCAAAUGUUUGUGAGACGGAGCCCAAUGUCAGGAACAAGAUUCUCUAUCUGAUCCAGGCGUGGGCCCACGCCUUCCGCAACGAGCCAAAGUACAAGGUGGUCCAGGACACUUACCAGAUCAUGAAGGUGGAGGGUCACGUGUUUCCAGAGUUCAAGGAGAGCGAUGCCAUGUUUGCAGCUGAGAGAGCCCCAGACUGGGUGGACGCAGAGGAGUGCCAUCGUUGCAGAGUUCAGUUCGGCGUAAUGACACGCAAGCACCACUGCCGAGCCUGUGGGCAGAUCUUCUGUGGCAAGUGCUCCUCCAAGUACUCCACCAUCCCUAAGUUCGGCAUUGAGAAGGAGGUGCGAGUGUGUGAGCCUUGCUUCGAGCAGCUCAACAACCACCCCUCCCUCUCUCCCCCUCCCAGGAAGGCUGAGGGCAAGGCUCCCACUGCUGCGCCGUCCGAACUGCCCCCCGAGUACCUGACCAGCCCGCUGUCUCAGCAGUCACAGACUUCUGACCUGGUGGCACCAACAUUGCCCCCACAGAUGCCCCCUAAGCGCGAUGAAGCGGCUCUGCAGGAAGAGGAGGAGCUUCAGCUGGCCAUCGCCCUAUCACAGAGCGAGGCCGAGGAGAAGGAGCGAAUGAGGCAGAAGGGCUCGUACGGAGUCUACCCAAAAGCUGACCCCACCCCUGUGACCUCCUCGGCCCCUCCUGUCAGCACACUCUACUCCUCUCCGGUGAACUCCUCUGCCCCCUCAGCUGAAGAUGUUGACCCUGAGUUGGCUCACUACCUAAACCGCACGUACUGGGAGAAGAAACAGGAAGAGGUGCGCAAGAGCCCCACCCCCUCUGCUCCAGCUCCUGUGCCAUUGGCUGAGCCGCCCAUGCCGGCCAUGCCAAUCAGUCAACCUGUGGAAACCCCUCACCCCACCGCUCACACCACCCCUCACACCCCUGCUCCUCAGCCGGUCAAUAUUGUGGAGCAGCAGUACCAGAACGGCGAGUCGGAGGAGAACCACGAGCAGUUCCUGAAGGCGCUUCAGAACGCUGUCACCACCUUCCUGAACCGCAUGAAGAGCAACCACAUGCGCGGCCGCAGCAUCACCAAUGACAGCGCCGUGCUCUCCCUCUUCCAGUCCAUCAACAACAUGCACCCACAGCUGCUGGAGAUCCUCAACCAGCUGGACGAGAAGAGACUGUAUUAUGAAGGUCUGCAGGACAAGCUGGCCCAGGUGCGGGACGCACGCGCGGCCCUGAACGCUCUACGAGACGAGCACCGGGAGAAGCUGAGGCGUGCAGCAGAGGAGGCCGAGAGGCAGAGACAGAUCCAGCUGGCCCAGAAACUGGAGAUCAUGAGGCAGAAGAAACAGGAGUACCUGGAGAUGCAGAGGCAGCUGGCCAUCCAGCGGCUGCAGGAGCAGGAGAAGGAGAGACAGAUGCGGCUGGAGCAGCAGAAACACACCAUCCAGAUGAGGGCCCAGAUGCCCGCCUUCUCUCUGCCCUACGCACAGAUGCAGUCAUUGCCCCCCAACGUGCCAGGAGUGUACCAGCCUGCCGGCCCCCCUAGUUACCAGGGCACCUUCAGCCCGUCCAACUCUGUGGAGGGCUCCCCCAUGCACGCGGGCUACAUGAACCAGCCCGGACAGACUGGAGGGCCCUACCAGGCCAUGCCCCCCACAGAUCCCAACAUGGUGAAUGCCUACAUGUAUCAGAAUGCUGGCAACAACGCCCAGGCCCCACCCCCAGGCCAAGCUCCCCCCACCACCACCCCAGCGUACUCCAGCUACCAGCCCACCCCCACACAGGGCUACCAGAACGUGGCGUCUCAAGCCCAGAGUGUCCCCCACAUGUCCCAGGCUGGUCCCACUAACGGCAUCGCCUACAUGGGCUAUCAGCCUUACAACAUGCAGAACAUGAUGACGGCUCUGCCAGGGCAGGACCCAAAUAUGCCCCCCCAGCAGCCCUACAUGCCCGGACAACAGCCCAUGUAUCAGCAGAUGGCGCCCCCCGGUGGUCAACAGCCGCCUCCACAGCAGCAGCAGCAGCCGCCGGUGCAGGGCCCCCCAGGCAGUGCUGAGGCCCAGCUCAUCUCCUUUGACUGAUACCUGCUCUCACCAAUCAGUGCCUCAGACCGUGGGCUCCAACACACUACACCCCUCCUCCUCCUCCUCUCUCCCCCUUUCUGGCUUUGGCCUCACUUGUCUGCAGACCAACGUGCAGCGUGGCUGACAACCAAGCGAUGCCAUGAGCGUAUUGCAAAAGCGGUGCACCACCCUCCCCCUGGUCCACACCCCCUCCCUGGUUUUCCUCUUCCUUCCCGCCCUCUCUCUGUCUUCUUCCAUUAAGAUGAAGUAUGAGUUGGUAAGAAUACAGACUCACAAGAGGAGGGACCCUCCCUCCAUUUUCUGCCAACUCUUUCCCUCUUUCUCUCUCUCUCUCUCCUUGCAUAUGUGCGUAGUCUUGUCCUUUCCUGGUUUGCAGAAUCUCAGUUUAGUCAGUGGUGUAGAAUUCAAAAAACAAGUAAAUAAACAACAACAAGCAAAGAAGUGAAGAUCAAAACACACACACAAGACACAGCCACCGUUUUGUCUCAUAUUUUUCUAAAGCAGAUUUGCAUGUGUCCAGUGAUUUUCUUUUGAAGGUGUGCAAGUGUGUAUUUCUUUGUGUGUUUGCAACUAUGCGCAACAGAAUAGUGGUAUGUGUAUGUAAAAGUAUGAAGUGUGAAUCUUCGUGUGUGUGUGUGUGCGUGUGUGCGUGUGUGCGUGUGUGCGUGUGUGUGUGUGUGUGUGCGUGUGUGCGUGUGUGUGUGUGUGUCCAUGCAAGAGUAUAGAGUGUGUACAGAAGUAUAUGAAAGGGUGGAUGUGUGUGUAUGUUUAGUUGGCUUUGUUUCCUCUUCUCGGUGCAUUGGUAACUGGCGUGUGUGAAAAUACUGGUUUAGAAUAGUAUAUUACCAGAGGCGAGCAUCCAUUGGUGGAAAUGGUUCAGCUUUACCAUCCCAACAUUCCCCAUCGGCUGUGGGAGCACUCCUGAAACGCGCUUUACAGUGCUGCCCUACAGUCGAAAAGUGCAGUAACUACAUAUUUUUCCGAAAUCGAGUUAAGACUGAAAUUGGUCUUCAUCACACCCCCUUUAUCUUGUGAGUAAGCCUUAUUUCCCAAAUAUGUCCCGUUGUAGAGAUACUGCUUUGUCAAAUUUGCAGUAGCUACAAUAUUCAACCAAUACAUUUUUCUCAGUUUCAAUGUUGGCAUAGUUACUGCCCUUUGCCUUUGUAGGACAGAGUGGGUGCAGGGUGGACAGGAGGAGGAGGAAAGGACGGGAGAGCAAUUGACUUGCACCCAGUGUUUCAACCAAGUUGAUGGCCCUUGCUCUGUUUCACUGACUUUUAUAGACGAUAUUCCAGUGCACCACCAUAUCAAUCAGGCACAAAUUGUGCUCUACAAGAGCAGCCAGUUUUUAUAUCUGUGCUACUUGCUCACACCGUCUUUCAAAGUACAUUUUAAAAUUAAAACAAUGUUUUAGAUGUGUGUAGGAGACAACUCCAAACAGCUGCAGCACAUUGAGACGUGUUAGUUACAGCUGUCAUUUCAACACAUCAUUCACUCACAACUUGAUGUAGCAAAGCCAAACCCUCAACCCAUUGUGUACUGCUCUGUGCACAGCGAGGCAUCUUCCCCCCCAUCUUCAGUAAAUAAUGUCAGGCAGAGGGACAGUUCAUAGGUCAUAUGUUUCUGCAGAUGAGCUGGAGGCUCAAUCUGUUUUAAACACACUAAGCUUCCUUAUUGUCAAUAAAGUGUUAAGCUGCUUUGAGUGACUGUAUAGAAUGAGGGUGUGGAUGGGAUGGAUGUGGAGAAACUUUUUCAUUGUGCACUGCUUUGGCUGCAGAGGGGCGCAAGUGUCGUUCAGUGUCUGUAUGCGUGCAGGGUUGUGUGUAUGUGUGGGUUUUAGCAAGACAGCAGUGCUGUAGAAUGGUUAUAUACUGCGCAUGUAUGUAAAUCCACCAACCAGUGACUUCUGUAACCCUUUAAUGGCAUUUGUGAACUCUAUCUCUCUCUACCACAUCAUACUGAUCUGUCUGACUUCAAGAAUUAAUUGUAAGAUUAUAUUUAAUAAAUAUCUGGUUCUUUUAUUGUCCACA